AUGGUCCCCCUCGCUUGCUUUGGGCACAUCCUCAGGAAAGAGCAGUUACAAGAGGACAGUGUGGUGCUUGGUGAGGUCGAGGACCAGCGCAUGACAUUCUUGCCCCACCUGGGCGACUCUGGGCCCACGCAGGAGAUGCCCGGGCCCCUCGGACUGCAGACGGUGUCUGCGCCCAGGGCCCUGAGCCAUCAAAAGAGAGGACGGCCAGAACGGGACCGCGGCCCGCGGAAGUACAGUGGACGCGGGGCCAAGAAGGGUGCCGGAGACUUGGAGACGGAGAACGACCACAUCAACCUGAAGGUGGCUGGGCAGGAUGGUUCUGUCGUCCAGUUCAAAAUCAAGAGGCACACGCCGCUGAGCAAGCUGAUGAAGGCCUACUGUGAGCGACAGGGCUUGUCUAUGAGACAGAUUAGAUUCAGGUUUGAUGGACAGCCAAUUAACGAAACAGACACCCCCGCCCAGCUGGAGAUGGAGGAUGAAGACACGAUCGACGUGUUCCAGCAGCAGACGGGCGGCACGUGGGUGGCUGGAGGCCUCUCGGGAUGGGGCGUCUAGGUGCUGCCCCACAUCCGUGUCACCUGUCCUUGCAUUUGCGCUCUAGUAGGAAACACAUGAACACGCCAACACAAAGGAGUCUGCGGAAACUCGAGGACAGUCACCAAAUUACUUUUGUCUCUCUGACGUACCCGGAGAGCAACUCAACACUAUUUCUGCAGGGAUUAACCUACAACUGAAAUUGGGCCAAUAUAAAUCACUAUCUUUGUUUAGGUAAAAUGCAUUGCUAGGUUUUUGGGCUUGUUUUUGUUAUUGGUUCCCCUUUCUGUAACACUUCUGUUCCAAAUGUGUGGCCUGCCUGUCUUGUCGGUGGAGAUGUGGCCCCAGGUGUUGUGGUCCCCUCUCCCACACUGUUGCAUCCAACCAUGUAGGUGGCUCCUAUGCGCAUGUGCAGUGCUUUGGGUGCUGGGCCUGGACACCUGUUUGGGAGGGUCUGGUGGGGAUGGAAGAGGGAAUUUCACUGGCUGCUUGUUGUAAGCACAGUUUAUUAUGUUUUACCCACUGGUUGCAAAUUUUAGCUUUGUUCAGCAUCUGGUAAAGUCAAAAGGCAGAUACUAGGAUGCUGCUGCAAAGAGAAAUCAGGGACACUGUGGGGCCCUUCCCUGGCAUUUCCCCGCAGGGUUCUGGACCUAGAGUCCAGCACCACUGCUCAGGGCCUGUCGAUCGGUGCAGCAGGCAACCACUGCAAAGCUUAAUUGGUUUCUCCCCGUUUAUUCAUGUAGGAGACCACAAUCCCCCUUUGGUCGCAGUAUUGUGGUCUCAGUACCUCUGGUAUCUGUUUCUGCUGAGUCAUUAUGGUCCCUGUAUGAAAAGGCAAGAUUCAGGAUUGCCGAAUUUGCGGUUCUGUUGUUGUGUUCAAGAGCUCCUUCGGGGUGUGGUGACAGAUGAAGCCCAUGGAAAGAUGACUUCAUGUGAUUCUCACGGAUUUUUGCUGUGCUGCUUUCCAAAUAGGUAUUGAAUUUAUAUGCAUUAGUUUGGUGAUUUCAGUUCUGUGAACUCUUUGGGGAUCUAUACCAAUCACAAAGUCUCAUGCUGCCUGCCGGCCUGCAGUAAGGGUUCUUUGCUGCUUGGCAGCCAUUCUCUGCUCUUUGUAGUCACCUGGUGGUGUGACAUGACCCCUCAUCUCUGGCUUGUGUGAAAUCUUGCUGAAAUGUUCUUGUUUCCUUUGCAGUUUGCUCGUGGGCAGGGGUGGGGUGUUUGUUGACUCUGAUGUGUUUCUUCACCAAUUUGUACAUUAUUUGUUGUCCUUUACUACUGUCAACAGUAAAUAUAGUUUGGUAUUCUGUC